UGCCCUCUCCCGCGCGCGCAAAAAACCUACUCCCGCUUCUGCCUCUGGUCUCUCUAGUUUAGACCAAAAAUGGCGCCGUUGAAAAAUCUAGAGCAAGACUAUACGAUUAUAGACUCCAAUUUCCUAAAUUUCUGCGCUUCUCACGGAAUUUUCUCAGUCGAAGAUUUCCUGAUUCAUGAUCUCUAUAAGUUAGCCGCUUUCGCGGAACAAAAUAUUUCUUCAGAGAGAUUAAAGGAGGGAAUUACACAAGUCCUCUCUAUCAUAGAUGAUAUGCAUCAGCCAUGGUUGAAUGGGAUGGAAUUGUUGGAAGAUGCUAAAAGGAAUAAACACUCUUUACCAACUGGAAUUCAAGGGAUUGAUUUUUUACUUGGAGGUGGAAUCCGUGUUGGCCAAUUAACUGAAUUAGUUGGACCAUCAUCCUCUGGUAAAACACAAGUUUGCCUACAAACUGCAUCAAAUGUGGCGAGUAAUCAUAUGGGCACUGUUGUGUACUUAGAUACAGGCAACUCUUUUUCCCCUCAACGCAUUGCCCACUUCCUUGGAAUGACUAAUGAGCUUGCAUCUUCUGAGAUCAAAAACCAAAUUCUGCAAAGAGUAAUGAGCAACAUAUUGUGUCACUCUGUGUUUGACAUCUUUGAGAUGUUUGAUGUGCUACAUAAGCUAGAAUAUCGAUUGAGAUCUCAGGACAGAGGAGUCUGUCAGAUGCGAUUGCUAAUAAUUGAUUCAAUCUCAUUGCUGAUCACCCCUGUACUCGGAGGAACCAGCUCACAGGGGCGUGCUUUGAUGGUUUCUGCUGGAUAUUUGCUGAAAAAGCUUGCAGAUCAGCAUAAUCUUGCGGUGCUUGUGACCAAUCAUACAGUGGGUGGUGAGGGAGGGACUUCCAAACCAGCUCUUGGAGAGAGUUGGAAGAGCAUCCCACAUUCAAGGCUUCUUCUGUCCUGUGACCGUGGGAGCAAUGUCUGCAAUGUUUCCAUUUUAAAACACCCAUCCAUGGCAGGAUUCACCACACAUUCGGUACACCAUCAAAGGCUGUUGAAGUUUGUGAUUCCAGUAGCUGAAAGUUCAAAUAAGGGCGCGAAUUAACAGUGUUGAAGGAGAAGACUGAAGGGUGUUUUACGGCAUCGUUUUUGCUUCUUUCAUUUUUAUGUUGAAACGCAACGUGUAGUGUUGUUUCUUUUGUCAUGCCUUUAGUUGCUUAAGUCAUACGACUUAGCCUAUUGUCGUUUCAUGAGUCUGUUUGUUAAGCCGAUAAAGGCUGUGUUUAUUUUCUUUGCUUCUUUUUUUAGCUGUUAAGAACCGUUGCUGGCGCAAAAUCAAUGCUUUGAUUGUUGUGCUCAGCAGUUUUUCUCUUCUUUUUUGUGCUCAUUAUAGAUCUGAGCUUCGUGGAAGAGAUUGUAAUCACGAGGCAAGAGUUGGUAUAUAUACUACGGAUGAAAACUGAAUCAGUGGCUUGUUGGUUCCAAAAA